AUGAUCGGAUCCACCUCUCUGCGCUCCUCCGUCUUUGGCGGCGUCCGCGCUGCCGUCAACAGCCGCGCGCUGUCCACCUCGGCCGUCCGAAACGACCUGGCGCGGAUGCAGGUCCUCGGCCGCCUCGCCGCCGACCCCGAGGUCCGCAGCACGAAGAACGGAAAGGACUAUGUCCGAUACACUGUCGCCACCACCGACCCGCCGGCUGGCCCGCCCGCGGAGAACGGCGAGCCGGCUCAGCAGACGACGAGCUACCACCGCUUCUACGUCUUUGGCGACCGCGGCGUCGAGCGCAUGAAGUCGAUCAAGAAGGGCUACCGCGUUCUGGUCGAUGCCGAGUUCCGGAUCGAGAGGACCCCGUCGCCGGAUGGCCAGAGCCCCGCGCGGGACAACCUCCUCGCCCUGCACCGCGGCAUCCAGGUCAUCUCGAAGCCGAGGGAGGCCUCCGAGUAA